AUGCUUAUCGACGAGUGCGGUCAAGCAUUGGAGCCCGAGUGCUUAAUUCCCAUUAAUCGAAACCCUUCACGAUUGGUCUUAGUUGGUGAUCAAUGCCAGUUAGGUCCAGUCGUUCUUUCUCAACAAGCACUGGACGCGGGAUUCGAUCUGAGCCUGUUUGAGCGCCUUCAAUUACUGGGCGUUCCCCUUGUCCGAUUAGAGGUUAGUAUCACAAUCCCCAUUCUCAUCAUAAACGCUAUUGUGUUAAUGUCGAUGCAUCCCGAACUGGCUAAAUUUUCCAGCCGAGUUUUCUAUGACAAUCGAAUCCAGAAUGGCGUAAGCCCGUCGGAACGCUCAGGCGUCUCACGAUUUCGUUGGCCUAGUCCAGAUAAGCCAACAUUCUUUUAUCUUGUGAGAAGUCAGGAACAACGUGCGUCAAAUGGAGUGUCUUAUUUAAACCCGCGAGAAGCGAAAGCUGUGAAAAGUAUCGUCCAAGAGUUGAUUUCAUGCGGUGUCGAUAAAAACAAUAUUGGGGUCAUCGCCCCGUACACCGGUCAGAAGACGUACCUGACACAAUACCUCGGCGAAUUGGCCAAUGGCCCAAAGGAAAAGGUUGAAGUUUCGAGUGUGGACGCGUAUCAAGGGCGCGAAAAAGAUUAUAUCAUUCUGUCUUGUGUGCGAAGCAACCGAAAUCGCACUGUGGGCUUUUUAAAAGAUGCACGACGCUUGAAUGUCGCUUUGACUCGUGCUCGUUUUGGCCUUAUUGUCAUUGGAGACCCGAUCACAUUGAGUACGGAUCCCCUCUGGAAUGAUCUUCUCCACUUUUAUCAUGAACGCGAUUUGCUCCUUGAAGGUCAGCUGGACAAGCUACGACCAGGUGUGCUAAAUUCGCCCAAACCCGCAGUGCCUUAUAUCUAUAGAAAGGAUAUCAGCUGCCUUGCUUGA